AUGGCGGGCGGCGGCGGGGGCGGGGGCGGGGGAGGCGCGCUGGACGGCCUGCCGCGCUGGAGCUGGCUGCUCGGGCUCGACCUGCGCACCGCCGCGCUCGUCGUCGCCGCCGUCGGCAUCGUGCACCCGACGGCGUACCUGUACUCGUGCUGCGUGCACCGCGGCGGCGUGUUCCGCGCCGCGUGCCUGCUCGCCGCCGCCUGGGGCGGCUUCAGCGCCGGCCUCUUCGUCGGCGUCCUCAAAGGCUUGGAGCUGGCAUACUUGUGCUGGGAGUGGUUCACGCUGGUGUUCGCGCCGCUGAUGAUCCUGCUGCUGGGCUGGAUGUCGUCGCACUGUUGCUGCCGCCUGCGCGCCGCGCCCUACGCCGUGCUCACGCCCGCGCUCGCCAUCAUUUUCUACUGGAGUGAGCAUUUGCCGCUGGAAAUGUUGUGGCUAAAUGCUAUUUUUGAAAUGCGAUUCUUAAAAAAUCAUGGAACGAAUGCGAAUGAAAAGACGAUAAAAACACAUUCAAAAUACAGUAACCAAACAGUUUUGUAAUUUGCCAGCUCUAUGAAGAGUUUUUGUUCAC